AUGUUUAACAGAGAACCUGUUGGGAAGUAUCACAUUCAGAUUUGUACUACAACCCCAUGUGUGUUAGGAGGUGUAGGCUCGGACAUUAUUUUGGACACACUCAAGGAAAAGCUUGGUAUUGAGCCAGGUCAGACAACACCUGAUAAAAUGUUUACACUAACAGAAGUGGAAUGUCUUGGGGCUUGUGUCAAUGCGCCUAUGAUGCAGAUCAAUGAUGAUUAUUAUGAAGAUUUAACAACUGAAGAUACAAUUCGUAUUCUUGAAGAACUGAAAGCUGGGAAAAAACCAAAACCUGGGCCACAAAGUGGACAAGGUGGACGAUUCGCAUCGGAACCAAAGGGUGGUUUAACUACAUUAACGACAGAGCCUAAGGGUCCUGGGUUCAAAGUUCGUUCGGAUUUAUAAAAUUAAUUUCAGUUAGUCCUAACUUUAAAGUGAAAAAUACAGUUAUGAGUAUGUAUAAUGAGUCUUGUUUUAUUUUACCUAAUAAAUUAUUCAUCUUUACUGCCUGUCUUAACACGAAAUUAUGUAAAAUACCCCACUGACACACUACACGGAUAAUCUCGUUUCGGGUUGAAUUCCAGUGGUAUCUCUUACUUUGCCAUUUUGUUACAAUUCAGCGACAGAGAUCCAAAAAUUUAAAAUGUGUCCCAUAUUUGAAAUGUCACAAAACCUCAGAGUUCGAAGUGAUUUCAUCAUCAACAUAAAACCAGGCAUUACUGCGUAACGUUCCAAGUUUUUAUUAUUAUUAUUAUUAUCUAUCCCUUGGGUUCCUAAUGGAACAUAGGGCUUCAGCAGCACGUCUCCAAUGCGCUCUCUCUGAAAUCUUUUGAAUCUGGCUCCGCGACAGCCCACAAGCUCUCAUUUCCUCCUCGCACGAUCUCCUCCAUGUCAGCCUUACCUCGGACGCCCGACUCGUCGCUCCCCAUCGGGAUUCUACUCGACGGCCUGGCCUCGUGCGUGAUGUCCCCAGUCGGCCUUCUCAGUGUAUGCCCAAUCCAACCCAUCUACACUUCCUUCUGCAUAGUUGUUGAGCGAUAAGUUCUUGGUUGAUUCGUUGCCCGGCUGGAGUUCCUUGUUGUUUAUUCCUUCUGGCCAUCUGA